AUCUUCUACAAUGCCAAAAAUAUAUAUUGUUUUUUGUUUGUUUGUUUUUUUGUAGCAGAAACUACCUUUCCAGGAAUAUGGACUUUUUAGGAAUAUUUUGGAACUUUAAACAAGAAACAAUUCUUCUCUCAAUAACAGUAAUAUUUUUAUUAUAUAUUUAUGCCACACGUAACUUUAAAUAUUGGAGUGAGAGAGGAAUUCCAUACUUCAGACCUAUUCCCUUUGUUGGUAAUUUGAAGGAAGUAGUGACUUUUCAAAGAAACAUUGGAUUUCAUUUAAAGCAUAUUUAUGAGAGUGUUAAAGGUCAGCCGUUUAAAGGAUUCUUUAUCUAUGAUCAACCAGCACUCAUGAUUACAGAUUUAGAUUUAUUGAAAAUGAUAUUUCAAAAAGAUUUUCAAUAUUUUGUUGAUAAAGGCAUUUCCAUAACAAAACAUGAUAGACUGCUGGGAGAUGCUCUAUUUAAUUUAAAAGGGCAGUUAUGGAAGGAGAAAAGAACAAAACUUUCUCCUGCAUUUUCAACAAGUAAAUUGAAAAAUAUGUAUGAGCUUGUGGAUGAGAAAGCAAAUACUCUUAUUGACUAUUUAAGUGAUUUUGGCAGACUUGAACAACCAAUAUUUGUUAAGGAUCUUCUUGGAAGAUAUGGAACAGACAUUGUUGCUUCUUUGGCAUUUGGAAUUGAAUGUAAUUCUGUUCAUGACCCUCAUGCUGAUUUUCGAGAAAAUCUCAAGUACUCCUUUCUGUUCUCCAAAAUAGGAGCACUAAAGUUCAUUGGGGCCUUUGUGGAUUUACCAUUAUUAAAACUGUGGCCUGUAAAAACUACUUCAAAGAAAGUUGAGAAAUAUUUUCAAAAAUCGGUUUGGAAUGUUGUCAAGCAAAGGCAGAACCCAGAACAACAAUUAAUGAGAAAUGACUAUUUGGAGAGUCUUAUUCGUUUAGCUGAUCAAUUCAGCAAUUCAAAAGAACAUAUAGAAGAAAAUUUAAAAAUAGACAUUGUUUCACAAGCCUACACAUUUUUGGCAGCAGGCUUUGAGACUACAUCAUCAACGAUUUUAUUCACAUUAUACCAUUUAGCAAUGAAAAAUGAGGUACAAAAUAAAUUACGGCAUGAAAUUCAAGAGGCUGUAGAAGCAAAUGAUGGGAAGUUAUCUUACGAGGUUAUUCAUUCUCUACGUUAUUUAGACAUGGUUGUUUCAGAAACUUUGCGUUUGUAUCCUACAAUGCCAAUUCUGGAUAGAACAUGUACUAAACCAUUCCAAAUUCCUGGAACAAAUUUUGUUGUGGAUAAAGGAGUACAUAUAUUUACAAGUUUACUUGGUAUUCAGAGAGAUCCAGAUUUAUAUCCUGAUCCUGAAAAUUUUAACCCAGAACGAUUUUCAGAGGAGAAUAAAAGAAAUAGACAUAAAUUUGCAUACAUGCCUUUUGGAGAAGGGCCAAGAAUUUGUAUAGGGAAGAGGAUGGCACUCAUGGUAGCCAAGAAUGCCAUAUCCCGAAUCUUGCUGAACUAUGAAGUGCUGCCUAGCAAACACACACCAAGCAAACUGGAAUUUGAUGUUCGCACUUUUCUGCUCACAACAAGUCAUGAAAUACCACUGGUUUUUAAAAAUCUGAAAUAAGAAGAAUUAAUUGGAAAAGAAAAGAGUUAGAAAAUAUAUACUUUAUUUCAAGAUAGUC